AUAUAAUAUAAAUGGUUGAGAAGACUUGGUCUACAUACAGUGAAAGAUGAAGGAAGAUAUAGCCCAAGUGAAGGUUGGUGUCCCCAUUAAAGAGUUAUGGAAGGCAAUGUCAAGUGACAUAAGGCACAUAGUGCCCAAGGUUAUACCAGAUAUAGUGGAGGAAGCUGAGUUGCUUGAAGGAGAUGGAGGCCAUGGAAGCAUUUUCAUCUUCAAAUUCUGCCCUGAUGUAAAAGUGAGGUAUCAGAAGGAGAAGAUUGUGGAGUUUGAUGAAUCUCUGCAUCAUAUUGCUCUUGAAAUAGUGGAAGGAGGGCCUUUGGAUCAUGGAUUUUCAUCAUACAUGUAUGGAUUUAAGUUUACAGAAGUAGGUGAAGGGGAGACACUGAUGGAAGUGAAGCUUGUGUAUGAGAAACCUGAUCAUAUUCAUGUCCCUGGAGAGACCUUGAAACCAACACUUCAUUACAUCAAAUGCCUCGAAAAAUAUCUUUUGAAUGGACCCUGAUCUUGAUUUGAUUUUGUUGACAUUUUGUAUGUGUUUGUGUUUUGGAAUCUUUGAAAUUACAAUAGGGAAAAACACAUGUGGAAUGGUUGAAGAUUGUUUUUAUAUAUCAUGUAAAUUCAACGAGUAUAGUAUAGCUAAUUAAGACUACUUUAGAUAUAAUUAAGAAAAGUUAUUGAAGAAAGAUGACAAGCAUGGAA